AUGUGUAACUGCGCCUCAGACAGUAAUGUGCUACAAGGGCAGGAUGCAGUGUCUUUCGUAGCAGACCAGCAGGGCCCGGAAACUGUUGCACAGAGCGAUGCAAACUUUAAAAAAGCAUACGAACAGCGUCUGCAGGUCCCUCAGGAAUCGUCCUUUUCUCUAAAGUUCAUGCAACAAAACCGUAAGCUGGCAGACCCUGCUUUCUGUGCAGCUAAGAAGCAUGCUUUAUGUAGUCUGUAUCGUGUACUGCUCGCAGAAUGCCAAAUAUUGUGGGGAAAGGUUGAGAUUGUAACGAAACGUAAGAGCCAAUCAAAGAUAGCGCAGACUGCAAAAGACCUUCUAACUUCAUGCAAUGCCUCUGCAUUUUCGGCAGUCAGUGGUGGCGAAACAUCGACCUGGCGAGAAUGCGCAGCCAAGUUGUCUGGAACCACAAGGUUUUUCUCGUGGGUUAAGCAGAUAGGGCAACUCCAAGGCACCUGCAGUCUUCUGGGAUAUGUGAGCAAAAAGGAGGACGAGGAAGAAAACGCCGCGGCAUGCCUCAGGGACGCUCACUCCGACGAAAUAGCGGUCACCGGCAUGGUGGAUGAUCCGCUUUGCACGAGCUGCGAAGUCUCCAGCUGGACGGAUACCCCGUGUAGCACAUGGUGUGAGGCGGGUGUUGCAGGCCGCUACAGAACGAUACUGAGUCACGCCAGUCAGGAAUACUGUGCGCAGGGAAAUGAUCAAUUCUGUGAUAUGUGCCCCCACCUGUGGGAGAUAAAACUCUGCAAUCAAGACACUAAAUGCGGUGCGCUCGUAGAAAAGAAUCGAGCUCCUAUUCAACCAGGGGCGCACUACUGCCCGACGCAGAAUACGAAAACCAAAGUGGUUACAUCUUGGCGGCAAUGCAGCGAGGAAUGCUUUAAUGCUUUUGAAGCAAGUGGUGGCAACAGCCUGGAUCCAUCGACGUAUGCUGAAGCCAGUUGUUUUCAUUAUUCAUUCAAUAAUUCAACGUCGUCUUGCGAGCUGAAAAAUCUGGUGUCGUGCAACAAUAGAUUGACCACUGACAGCCUGUGGAUUUCAGGGGAUGUCCUCUCACUGCCAAGUGCCGAUUAUUCAACGGUGGUUUUUUCCGAAUGGUCCCAAUGGAGCAGUUGUGAGGAUAUUGACGCCCAAAAGGGGUGGAAGAAAAGACGAAGAAACGUGAGUAACUGGGGUUUUAAGAAUGACCAAGCCGAGUUGGGUACAAACCUCUACGAAGUUGCGUCUUGCCUGUCUGGAGAAAGCAUUGAGCCGGAAGAAACGGGGAAUCCACCCGAGGUGACUUGCUGCCUUUAUGGCGACUUUGUAGAAUGGUCGGAAGCGCAUUGCAAUCCAACCUGCGGCUCAGACAGGUUUCAGAUACGGAAAAAGCGCCGGCUGCAGAACCCAGUGCCCAACGUAGAUGGCGACUUUGACCCCACCUGCGCCCUCGACAAAUGCAAGCAAGAUGGCCAGCAGGCAGAGAGCAAACGAUGCGAUAAUGUACCGGAAUGCACUUCUGAUUGCGUGUAUAUGCAAUGGACCGAGUGGUCUUCCUGCACAUGUAAUAGCUCCUCUGAGCAAUCGGGGACAAUGUCGCGUGUGAGGAAGGCUGUCUCCGGGACCAUCUGCCCUGACAUGAACGAGAGUGAAGAGUGCGCGGACUCAAGCUGCAAGCAAGAGAGCAGCAACAUGACCUACAUCUACGCUGCAUGCGGUUCAGUUGGUGCCCUCCUCCUCUUAGGAGGGGCUUUUGCACUCAGAAAGCACAACGUGUCAGCUAUGGAAAAUGCGCAAACCUUCGAAACCAUGUAG